CGCAUCGUCGUCAUCUUAUCAUGAGAGAGCAAGGCAGCCGCUCAAAAACUCUGCUAGCUGCCCUUCCCUCCACCACAACCUCCGUCUUCUUCUUCUUCGAUUUUCACUGCUCUACUCCUCCAUGAGCUAGCUAGGCUAGACUAUGGGGUGCUGGGGCUCCAAGGCCAGCGCGGACGUCGCUGUGGCCGACGUCUACCGCCCGCCGCCCACCAGCGUCUCCCUCUUCGACAUCAGCGCCGUCGAGGAGCCCUGGCUCAUCGCCAAGAACAAAGCCGGUGACGAGGAAGAUGACGACGAAGAGGAGGAAGAAGAAACCGAUGAGGAAGACGACGAGGAAGAGGAGAAGACCGUCGUGCCGCUCCCGCUCCUGGAAAAGCUCGAGGGCUACGAGCUCGCCCCGGCCUCGUGGUCCGAGGUCAGCAAGGCCCUGGAGGACAUGAAGCCCGUGCUGCUGGAUUCCAAGCAGGCCAACACCAAGCCACCGGAUCCCAAGAAGAAGAAGAAGAAGAAGAUGGCCAAGAAGAAGAAGGAAGAAGAACAACCAGCAGCGGAGCAGAAGCUGCAGCAGCCGACGACGACGACGGCCGUAGCUGCUGCUGGUGGUGGUGCCGCGAACGAGGAGGCUGGCAAGAAAGCGCCGCCGGAGCUGGCGGGGCGGCGCGUGGUGAAGGACAACCCCUUCCUGAUGCGCGACCGCGAGAGCAGCAAGGCGGGCAGCGCGCCGAGGUGGAAGCGGCGCGACCCGUUCGAGGGCUGCCCCGAGCGGCGGCCGCCGGGCGCGGCGGGCGGUGGGGUUGUGCUGUACACGACGACGCUCCACGGCGUGCGGCGCACCUUCGAGGACUGCGAGCGCGCGCGGGGGGUGGUGGAGGCCUGCGCGGAGGCGGCGGGCGUGGGCGCGGUGGACGAGCGCGACGUGUCGCUGCACGGGGAGUACCUCCGCGAGCUGCGGGAGCUGGCCGGCGAUGGCGCGGCGGCGCCGCCGCGGCUGUUCGUGAUGGGGCGGUACGUGGGCGGCGCGGAGGAGUGCGUGAAGCUGGCCGAGUCCGGGAGGCUGAGGGAGAUGAUGCGCUGGGUGAAGGCGCGCGGCGAGGCGGGCGCGGCCAUGGACGGCCGCGGCUGCGAGGGCUGCGGCGGCGCGCGCUUCGUGCCGUGCUGGGAGUGCGGCGGCAGCCGCCGCAAGGUGGUGGCGGAGGGAGGCGGCCAUCAGCAUCAGGUGGAGAGGUGCGCCAAGUGCAACGAGAACGGACUCAUGAUGUGCCCACUCUGCCACUGAAUCUAUCUGUCUUACGGAUCAUCCUCCAUGCGUCAUCAAUAGCAUCUUACUAGCUUGCACUGCAUCAUCCCUUUGUUCAUUCAUUCAAGAGAUUUGAACUACUACUACUACAUUUGUAUGUAUACAUAUACACUCCAGUAGCAUCCACUGUAUGUAUAUUGUACACGUAUGGUAUGAUGAUUCCAUUCCUUGAAUAUAUAUGUUGGCUGCAGAGUUGUGCA